UGUGGUGAAAUUUUUUAUUGUCAAUAUAUUUAGAAUUCUUUUUCGUUAAUACAAAAUGGAAUAAAUUAAAUGUUUAAUAAAAAUUUCGAAUUUCGAAACCUAAGAAAUAAAGUAGUGUCGCUAAACCCCACAAUCUUUUCAAUUGACGCAACAUAUACGGAUCCCAAAUUCGAUAAUGUCGCAGCAACAGCUAGCGGCAUCAAGUGAUAUAAGUGGGAAAGCAAAGGAGGAGAAAUCCAUUCCUCAGACCUCGAAAUUUACGUCCGCAAAUUCGCAAUAUACAUUCUACCAAUCGCAUUUAUCUCAACCACCAACAGACUAUAUGUUUCUCGACGACAAUCCAACGUUAAAAACUACACAAAAACUGCAAACUGCAACAAAAGUAGAGCAGAAAUCAAGAACAAAUAUUAAUUUACAAAAGAUGCCUAACAAGCAACGUCUUGAGAGUGGUGCUUCCCGCAGAGAUUCCUACGACUUAAGUGAAGACAAUCCAGUAUUGUCUGUAAAGAGUAAACUGAUGGAAGAGUGGGAAGUAUGCCAAACGCAAGAAAAAGAUUCCAAUGAGUCAGUAAGAGGUUCAAUUGAGCAGAUUGAGCCGUUAAGCCCCCGACGAUGCUCGCUAGAAGGUAAAUUUAUACCCCAGACAAACCAUAUGCCGUCGAGUAAAAUAAAGCCAACUAUCGUUGAACGCGGUUAUUUGUUUUGGCAACUACAAAAAACCGGUGACGAAGUCGAUCAUUUAGAAACUAUUAUGCAACGGACGGUGGAACAAAAACAGUUAGAAGCGGGAUCGGAAAAUAUAUCUCUGGAACGUAAUGUUUGAAUCCACAAAUGUACUGCCAGAACAUAAAAAAGUAAAAACGGACCUGUUUAAUUAAAAAAGAAAAUUGAAAAAGAAAAGUAUAUUCCAGAAGGGUGUUCCAGAGUUGACAUUUAAUGGAAUAGAUACAAUUUCUAAUGAAAUAAGUAUUAAAAGGAACCUACUUAGAGUUUUCGAUUUAGUAAAAUUCAAAUCUAUGAAGUGAUUUACUUACUACUCCAAUACGCAUGACUAUUGCAGUCUUCCACAUCAUUUUCCACUGCUUCUGGUCGUUCCCGCUUUAGCGUAUGCAAACCAAAAUCGGUUAUUUUUAAAACGAACCUCGAAUCCACCACACAAUUGGAUGACUUCAAAUUGCCAUGCGAGCGUAUAACCGAGUUGUGCAAAAAAUGCAUGCCGCGCACAAUAUCAUGCAUCAACGAUAAUUUAAUCAUCCAGUCCAGCUGGAAUUGUUCAUUCUCCAGUAUGUCCUGCAGUGAGCCCUUCGGACAGUAUUCGGUGAGUAGGAAACGCUUCGGCGGAUCCAAGCACGCGCCAUAGAAUUUUACCAAAUGGUCAUGCUGUAGAUCCUUCAUACUUUUUAGUUCCAACAUUAGCGAACGUGUCAAAUUGAUUUGUCGAUUUUCGAUAGCCUUAAUGGCCACUUCACAACCACGAUACAUACCGACUGGUAUAAAGAUUUGACGAUCACCGCACAGCGAACGCAAAUCAUCGGACAUUAGUGUCAAUUGCGAGCUAUGCCGCACAAGUGAGUGGAAAGAGCCGCGUAUACCGCGACCUCCCAAAUCCGGACAAACUAAAUCACUAAGUGAAAUCUUCCAUGUCAUAGAAUUUAUUUCCGCUUCUGAUUUGUAAUGUCGAUAGCCGAAAAAGAAACCGACGGUCAUCAGCACAACUACGACGCCGAGUAUGAUCGAAAGUAUGGCAUAACCGGGUAGAGCUGCAGAGACAAAAAUGUGAAAAAUAUUAUCGGUAAACUGAUCACAAUUAUAAAUGAAGUAAACUUACAAUUAUCUGGACAUAGUGAGCCAUCGUAACCACAAAUCGGCGUACUAGGUGGCGGUUCUUUGCGACCCCCGGCCCAAUGUAUCUCCUUACCCGGCACAAAGUCUAAGCGGUUGUGGAUGAAAUCAGCAACAAUUUCAAAACUACCCGUAUGCGGAUUCAUAUCCAGUAAAGAAUAUGCUGAGAUACGAUCGCCGUUGUUAUCGAUAGUUACAUUACCGGUAAUACCCUUGAAGCUGCGACCCCACAUACGUCGUACCAUAUCGGUGCCAUUUAUAGGGCGUGUCAGCACUGUCGGAUCCUCACGGAUACUGUCAUUGAGGGCUUUGGCAUAGAGCAAUACACCAUCGAAGAAAGAUAUUACAAAGGAUGAGACAUCCUCAUUUUCCUGGAAUGUGUAAUUGUAUUUCUCCGUAGCGAUGGUUUUGAUCUAAAAAAUAAAAAAGGAAUUUUAGUUGCA